UUGCCAACCGCCAUAAAACACCACAAAAGAAGAAGAAGACGUGACUGUGACGCCACAUAUGAGCAGCCAAUCCGUGUAAUGCGCCAAGUUGGCUCUGCUGGCUUGAAAACAUGGCGGCGAAAGUGGAAGAAGUAUGUUUUAAAAAGGAAACUGUAAGCAAGCUUCUGUCCAGUUUCUUCAAAGAGGACAAAACUAAAUUAAGUGGUGAUGCUUCACUGCUCAUGGCAGAAAUGCUAAAAGUUUUUGUACAAGAGGCUGCUGUGAGAUCACAGAAACAAGCCGAAUCGGAGGACUGCAACCAAGUGGAGAUUGAGCAUUUUGAGAAGGUUCUGCCACAACUGCUUCUGGAUUUCUAGGAUCGCCACAAGGUAGAGCCAGAGUGCUGCCAACAUAUUUCCACAAGCUUUAUUUUGAAUAAAUGUUGUUGUAUUUUUUUCCCCCCAAUAUUAUUGCAAUUGUAUAAUUACCCCAAAUGUACAACUCUUCAUUUUGUUUUGAAUUUAAGUUGUGUGGUGUUAGGUUGAAAGCACAAGUGUUGUUCAGCAGCACUCCCCACCACUUUCACCAAUAAGAGCCACCUGUGCUCAUCUGUGGAACAACAGGUGCUUCCAGCAUGCUCCGCGGCGCCCUUCAUCAAAGCCUCCAGGAGCAGUUGGAAGCAAUUAGAGUAAUAAGGGGAGCAGCCAGUCCCUUAGAUGAUGACAAGUGCCAGGAAAAAGGAGUACCCCCUCCGGCCACUUUGAAGUUCCCUUUUGCUGUCCUGCGUGUUUGGUUAGAGGUAGGGGGAAGGGCAAAGGGGAGCUCCGGCACAGGGGGAAAGUUGAAUUGGUGUGUGUGUGUGUGUGUGUGUGUAUGUUUGAGUGCGCGCGUGUGUGCUUGUAUGUGUGCAUGCGUUAGCCAAACAUGGCCAGAGACCACACGCGUAGAUAUU